CAGAACCAUUUACUCUCAUCCAUUUUCAGCGCCCGCUGGAGCACAUGCCCCAGGAUAUUUCGCAGAGAGGCUAGAGGACGAUUGCCACGAAAAGCCCGAGCAGAAGAAUAUAAGCUUCUUCUCUUGUUCUCGCUUUCGUGAGCGACCUCCCCAAUUCUUGGCCGCGGCGGCCUUGGAACGGAGGACCUAAAUAACAAAUGCCGAACAACAAUGGCUACGGUCCGCAGACAAGCCAGGCCGAGGACGGCAGGGGGGACUCGGAGGGGAGACAACAGCUAGGAUCGGAGGGAGGAGGGAUCGGAGGGUAUGGAGAAACAGGGGCCGCGGUGAGCUUGGGCCUCAAAGAGACCCCUUCGGAUCAAGUUUCUACUCCGCGAGGAAGGUCGAAGUCCUUGAACGUAAAGGGUGCGGACAACGUUCUCGUUCCCGAGGUAGGGACGGCGUCCUAUCAUGUGGCCCUGGCGAGCGGGAGUGGCGAAGCCGCGGCGGACGACCUGUACAUGGAGGGGAUAAGCCUAAGGAGAGGUUUUGCUGCUGAGUUCAUCUCCCACCUAGAGGAUGACGCGCGAAACCUCUUCCUGUUCGACGACGAUGACUUCGCGGAGGACAGCGAGACGGCCCCGCUUUGGCCAGACAAGGGCAGGGGCGGAGGGAAAGGGAAGCCGAGGCUAGAGAGGAAGGUGUCCUCCAGGUCACAGGCAGCCGUGUCCAGGGUAGUCGUAACGUUCCUCAAGAGCAUGGUCGGAAGCUACAUCCUCUACACCCCCAAGAUGUUCCAGAACGGUGGCCUGACGGCUUCGAUACUGAGCCUGCUCUGCGCAGCUUGGGUGGCUUGCGACAACAUGAUCGUGCUCAUCCGCGUGGCCGAGAAGACUGGAAAGAACUCGUACGGACAGCUGGGGUAUGCCGUCUUCGGCAAGGUGGGUCAGCUGCUGGUGGACGUGUCCUUGGUGCUGUCCCAGCUGUCCUUCUGCUCCAGCUACUUCAUCUUCAUUGUGCUCAACAUUCCUAGCGCCCUGCCUGUCCCACCCCCCGGGUCUCGAAUGGAGUACCUCCUUAGUCCUAACGCCCUGGUCGCUAUGCAGCUGUUGGUCUACAUCCCGAUGGCGUGGAUAAGGCACCUCAAAUACCUCGCGCUGGCGAUGUUCGGCGCCAACGUGUGCAUGUGGUUGGGUUUGAUCCUGAUCGUGGGCAUCGAUGCGGAGUUGCUCAUCAGAGAGGGGCCGGAGCCCGUGCUGCAGUACAACCCUGAUACGUUCAUAAUUUUUUUGGGGGCCGUGGUGGUGUGCUUCGAAGGGAUUGGGCUCGUCUUGCCGUUGCGGGACAGCAUGGAGCCGCACAUGCAGCAUAAAUUUCCGGGCGUGAUUCGAGUUGCGAUGCUCUUCCUCUCCAUCGUCUUCUGCUUAUUUGGUUGCCUAGGCUACAUGGCCUACGGAGAGAGCAUUGAGACGUUCGUGACGAUGAACAUCCCGGCGGGGCACCCCGUAGGCGCUCUGUCCGUGGGUCUCUACAGCAUCGCCAUCAUGAUGAGCUACCCCCUGCAACUAUUCCCUGCGGUCAAGUGCUUGGAAGGACACCUGUUCGGCGCAGUGCGGCAAAGGAGCUUGCUGAGGAAGUGGCUCAAGAACACCCUGAGAGCUGCCGUGGUGCUCGCGACGGCCGCCUUCGCCAUGUUCGUCGGGCCCAGCUUUGACAACUUUGCGGGUCUUGUGGGAGGCCUCUGCGCGGUCCCGCUGGCGCUAGUUUACCCCUCGGCCUUGCAGCUGAAAAUGAUGGGGGACUCGAUGACCAUGCCGGAAAGAGCGUGGGCGUGGACGGUGUUGGUGCUGGGGACCUUCGGAGCGGUCUUGUGCAGCUGGCAGUCCAUCGCCACUUGGAAGUGAAGUUACGGGAGGAAGGGCGAAAUAGUCGGAAAGUGCCCAUGAGCAGAUGUUUUACCUCCGGUCCGUUCGUUAGUUCUCACGCAAUAGGAGCAGCAAACAGCCUCAUGUCCAGCAAGCGACUCGCUUCAUAUUGGACUGAGAGGUCUCAGAGGUGAAUCAGUCGUGCUGUACGCAUGUACGUGUGGUGACUCGAGGGAACGUGUCUCGAACAUAUGUGAGUGGGAGGAAUUAAUGGUCGCCCGGAGUUCGAUAGUGUGUUUUUUACACUUGUUCAUGUGCCGGUUGCGUGAUUUCGUCCAUUUUAUGCGCGUGAUUUUCAAAGUCGCGCACUAGAGAACAUGGGAGCCGCUUGAUCUCAGUAGCUGUCAAGGUAUUGACUUGGCGUGCGACUUGAUCUCAGUCCACAGCAAGUCAGGUUUGGCUUCCUUCCGUAGAGUCGCGGUCGGGUCACGUCGGGUCGGAUCGGAUCGCGAUCGCUGGGAGGGGCCGUGGGCUGUGUUCCACCAUCCCAUCCCAUCCCAUGUCGGAGCAUCCAAACCAUAUGUCAGCAUCUCAGGGGGCAGACCCUCCGUGUAGGUCUAGCCUCAUUCCGUCUCACGCUAUCUUCGGCCUGCCUACAUGCAUAUAUGUGCGCUCUGUAGAUGUGCAUCAACCACCGACAUCGCGGUAUCCGGUGUCCCGGUACGGUUCUAGGCGCGGCACGGCUCAGUGGGAGGUAUUCGGUGGUUGUGUGUGGUGUAUUUGUACUGCCGGUGUUGAGCUUGGUGAGUCUAACCUAGGUCUAGGUAUGGAUAGGAUGGGCGACGUGACAGGGGCGAUGAAUGGGCGAGGUGCACGGGUUGACUGUCGACUGAAGAGCCUUGUUGCCACAAUGGCUCGGGGGCGGUGGCCUUGGACCUCCAACUCAAGCUAGAUCAUGUUUCAUCAGACAGAGGGUGGGUUGGAAACGGAAAGGAGCUUGGCAAGAGCACCAAGUUGAGCGUUUGCGUCGGGUAUCAUGUGCUCUUGCACGGGUUGAUGGGUGAUCAGAAGAUUUGCAAGGGCCGCCGACUAUGUAGCAGAAAUAUUUUUGCUUGCGUUGCCCUUUCCCGCUACAGCAGUCCAAGCCCGCUCGUUGGGCUUUUCUUUCGGGCAGAUUGAAAGGUGCCGGGAUCCGAAUGGCCGAGCAUUGUUUGCGCUUGAGGUGUAUAUGUACAACUGACUGCUAUUGCGAUUGAACGAAGAGAAAUGAGACGUGUACGGCGCCGACCUUGCAGCCGCGCGUGAACCUGUGGUGCGUUGGUGUUUGUAACAAUAAUAUUUAUCUGGGAACACGUAACAGCUCCAGCCCC